GUUGCAACGCAUUUGGUCACACGUUAAAAACGUGAUUUUAAGCGGGUUUACUAAACCCACUCUCUCUGUGCCAGCUUUUUGAUAUCGGACGUGAUUAAAUGUGUUUGGAAACGUAUUUCCAAACACACUGUUACCCAUCGUGAGGCCUGCGUUUGGUGGGAGGGAAUAUUCUGCUUCCCCUUCCUUCCUUCCCUCCCCCGCAGACACCAAACAUGGCAUUCAAACUCUCAUCAAUUCCUCUUCCCACUUCUCUCCAAUCCUCUCCCCGCCAAAACCCUAAUUCCACAUUUCCAAACCAUCGUCUUCCUCUCCGUUCCCUUUCACCUUCUCUUUCUCCCUCUCUCCGCCUCUCAAGCGCAGCCACAGCGUCCGCAUUUCACCACACUCGCUUCGUAACCGCUCGCGCGAUUCCAAGCCACGGCGAAGGCCAAUUCAGCGACGCUUUCGAAGAAGAAGACAGAGACGAAGAAGCAUCGAGGCAGGGUGAGAAGAAGGAACUCGCGAAGCAUAGCAUAUGGAGUCAGAUAAAGGAAAUUGUCAUGUUUACUGGACCAGCAACCGGACUUUGGAUUUGUGGACCACUCAUGAGUCUCAUCGACACUGCAGUUAUCGGUCAGCGAAGCUCAAUAGAGCUUGCUGCUUUAGGCAUGCCAUCGACAGUGAUAAAUUGUCCUGCUACAGUUGUUUGUGAUUACAUGUGCUACGUGUUCAUGUUUCUGUCAAUCGCUACUUCCAAUAUGGUUGCUACUGCCCUUGCUAAACAGGACAAAGGAGAAGUACAACAUCACAUAUCUGUCUUGCUUUUUGUUGGGUUGUCUUGUGGCAUUGCAAUGCUUUUGUUCACAAGGCUAUUUGGUGCUGCAACAGUGUCUGCAUUCAUUGGGCCAAAGAAUGUACACGUAGUACCUGCAGCUAGCAAUUAUGUAAAGAUUCGAGGCUUGGCAUGUCCUGCUUUACUUGUUGGAUGGGUUGCUCAGAGUGCAAGUCUCGGUAUGAAAGAUUCCUGGGGACCCUUGAAAGCUCUGGCUGCUGCUAGUUUUAUAAAUGUCAUUGGUUGUAUACUUCUGUGCAUCUAUUUAGGCUAUGGAAUUGUAGGAGCUGCGUGGGCUACAAUGGUUUCACAAGUUGUUGCUGCUUACAUGAUGAUUCAAACACUAAACAUGAAGGGAUAUAAUGCACUUGCCUUCUCCAUUCCUUCACGGAAGGAACUUCUGACAAUAUUUGGGCUUGCUGCUCCUGUAUUUAUGACAAUGAUGUCAAAGGUGGCUUUCUACUCACUGCUUAUAUAUUUUGCUACAUCAAUGGGCACACAUACAAUGGCUGCUCAUCAAGUCAUGGUCCAAACCUUUUGUAUGUGUACAGUAUGGGGUGAACCUCUCUCCCAAACUGCUCAAUCAUUUAUGCCUGAAUUAAUGUAUGGAGUGAAUCGGAAUUUGUCAAAGGCCCGGUUGCUUCUAAGGUCUCUUGUGAUAAUCGGAGCUAUACUGGGAUUAUUGUUAGGGAUUGUUGGAACAUCAAUUCCUUGGUUAUUUCCCUACAUUUUUACACCUGAUCGGAUGGUCAUCCAGGAGAUGCAUAAGGUGCUGAUUCCAUACUUUAUAGCCCUGGCUAUAACUCCCCCUGCUAUCAGCCUUGAGGGAACGUUGCUGGCUGGACGGGAUCUGAAAUAUAUAAGUUUGUCAAUGAGCGGAUGCUUUUGUGUGGGUUCACUAGUAUUAUGGAUCUUGAGUAGUAGAUACGGUUUGCUAGGCUGCUGGUUUUCCCUCGCAAUAUUUCAAUGGGCUCGGUUUGCAAUGGCCCUCCAGCGCCUUCUUUCUCCGAAGGGCAUUUUAUACUCGGAAGAUACUGACCAGUACAAGGUGCUAAAGCUAAGGACUGCCUAGUAUGUGACCUAGGUUUUAUAUUUAUAGUUCAUCACACCCGUGAAUCCGUGAUAAGGAUAGAAGAUAGUCCGGCCACCUCAAUCCAUAGCCAUAGGUAAAGUGAGCUAGACCAAAUCGUAUUAUUUGACCUGAUAAUGUUUCCCGAUAAGGUCAAAUAAUGUUGUCUGGUAAUAAAUGAACAUAGGAGUGACUAGUGAGGUCUAUUUUUCAUGCGCUGGAGUUAAGAUUGUUGAUGUAACAUUCAUCUAUUGUUAUUGGAGAACAUUAAAAUUUAUAUUAUAAUUUUUUUAGCAA